AUGGUCAUGAUCGCUAGGGAACUGCCCGAAGACCGUCCGGUUUCACAAGCUUGGGCCAAGUCUGCAUUCACUGUAUCAUCCUUGAAUUUUGAAAUGAAACAGACUCGGCGUCCCAUCAAUGAUCAUAGUGCGAACUUUGGCCACCCGAACUUCAGCCCUUCAUAUAGCACAGAAUUUGAUAACAAGUCACCCUAUCCAAAGGCUUGGUCUGGGCAAUUAUCAUGCCUGGUGUCAAUCAGUUUUUCUUCUUCCGCUAUCGCAGCCGCUUCUGUGCUGCUUAUCUUCCUCGAAAUAAAAAUCUCGAGGAUGUCACUAAACCCUGGUCCCUUCACUAUCAAGGAGCACGAGCUGAUAACAGUAGAUCCUCUCCCUAAAACCCUGUUAGCCUUGUUUUAUCGCCACCUGUCCACAAUAGAUCAUGGCUUCGGUGGGUGCGACUUCUGUUUGCACAACCUAAUUGGCUUCUCCACCGGGGGAAUCACACAGCGGUUUCUUGUAUCGCCUCCGCAUGAUCUGGCCUGCGACUCGCGUCUAUGUUUUCACAAGCGCAUUCUUGUGACUUUUUUGCUAGUUACAUACCUGUGUAAGUUCUUCGGGAAUCAUAUACCAUGCGCUGAUAAAACUGCGGUAUGGGAAUGUCUGGUAACAUUUGACUGGGCCCAAUUUGCGUAUGCACUUGGUCGUUCCUACCUUACUGUCGUUCUGAGCUUGGUUGUCCAGAUACAUUGGGUUGCCACUAGCCAUGCUUUUCUAACUCUGAUCAAAAUCAGGGCAAUGGUAAACGUCAUUGUUGGCUUUGUAUUCUAUUUUUUAAGAUACCUAGUAUUCUCUAUGCAUGCCACCACAUUUGUAACCCGGAUAAUGACGUCAGAAAGCACUUUCAACGCGACAGCAUACAAGGAGUAUAGUCCAAUAUUUAUUCCAACAGCGUUCGUGAUGUUUUAUGUGAGCAAAUUUGGUAUCAAGCAGAACGGUCACUCGGGGCACAAACAGACAUUCAUACUCGCGUUAUGA